AUGGGCUGCCGAACCAUCGAGAGCAACUUGAUCGCCCACUGCGCGGCGAUCUCGGGCAGUGAGAAGGGCCGACAAUGGAAGGUGGCGCUGGCGCUGCUCGCCGCCUGGGGACGGCGGCGCCUCCCUUUGCAGGCGAAAAGCGUAGUCGCGUACAGCGCGGCUAUGGCCGCCCUCAUCCACGCCGGACGUUGGAUGCAGGCCUUGGCGCUUCUCUCGGAGGCGCGCAGUGGGCGACUGCAAGUGAGCCUCAUCACCUACAGCACGGCCAUCUCCGCUUGCGAGCAGGGCUCGCAGUGGCCGCAGGCAUUGGCACUGCUCGAUGAGAUGAGAGGAUCCCGGCUGCCCCCGGACAUCGCCAGCUACAGCGCGGCCAUCAGCGCCUGCGCGCACGAGUGGCAGCGAGCUCUCCUCCUCUUCGCGGAGAUGCAAUCCAACAGUCUGGAGUCGGACUCGAUCGCCUUCUUGGCAGUGCUCGACGCCUGUGAAAAUGAGUUCCAGUGGCGCCUGGCUCUGUGCCUGCUGGCCGACCUGGAGCAGCAAGGCUUGCAAGGGUCGGUACCGAUCUAUAGCUCCGUCAUCACAUCGCUGGAGAAGAUCGGGAAUUGGCGUGCGGCCCUUUCAUUGCUGACCCGCUGUGAUCAGCAGUACCUCUCCGCCGACCUCAUCAUCCAGAACGCGGCCCUUGGCGCAUGCCAACUGCGUGGGGCCUGGGCGAAGGCCCUGCGCCUGGCGGCGGCGCUGGACACCAGGAAGCUCCAGGCAAACGUGCUGACCUUCGACAAAGCCCUCAACGCCGCGGCGCUGGGCCUCCGCACGGUGGCUGCCGCGCCGAUGCUUCACC